GAGCCCGCGCCGUUAGCCGGCUAGCCGCGCUCUCCGUGCGUUCACGGACGGGCCUGAACACGACCGACACCGGCUGCGAGCGAACGGACGCGUACGUGAAGGGCUCGCGGUGAUUCCGCUCCGUUAACGCCGCGGUCGGAGUUUCUGCGGGAGAGGUUCGGUGCUGUCGCUCCGUGCGAGGCGAUGUUUGAUCGUUCCGAGUGUGUUUAGUCUGUAAUGUGACAGGAGCGAUCGUUCACGAUGAAGUUGUGUUUAGUUGAACGGCAGAAAACAAGCGACUGAGUGAAUGAAUGAGCGCAUGUUUCUCAUCUCAGGAGAGCAAUGAUUCAUAUCAUGUGUCGUAUGUUCGUGUAAGUUUGUUUAAUGUACUUUGUGAUGAUCGUCAUGUCGUCAAACACAAAACAAGUUUUCACGGCGGGUCGUGUUUUGGUUGCAGUUUGCACUACGACGUUUUAAAAACGGUUCAGGAACCUGGAAUUUAAAAAAAAUGCAGCUUGAAACGUUGCGAAAACCAUCCUGAAGUAAUAAAAACAUAAAUAUAUCACGUUUGUUUGCUGUGAAAACACAUCGAGGUCAAACUGCAACUUUUGCUAGACGUUGUUUUACGGGUUAACAUAACUUAAUACAUCAAUAUAAAUAUAAAGAGGUAAAUUAGGACGUUUGCCAAAAUUUGCCAUUGAUCUGAGACGAUUGGGACAGUGUCCCAAAGAACCCGAAUACACCCCGCAUAAUACAGCCGGAGGUUUUUUCUGCUGCUGUUCGUGAUGAAGCGGCUCCACAGCAUCUCGUCUGUUGUUGCGCUGAUUUGCUGAGUAAAUCUCACUGUCAGUCUGCCUGGUCACGGGUUUCCAAGGAAUAUGCUGAGAUGCUGGACAAGCACCGGAGCUCUUCAUCGGUGAGGUUCGUCUCUGUCCGGGAUCUUCACAAACCAUUGGUGAGCUCUGUGUGACGAGUCUCCAUGACACCUAGUUUCACAGCUGAAGCUCCCUGUCUGAGGGAGCGUCUCAUGCCACCUACCCAAAUGCUGGGUUUUUACUCUGAUCCCCCCAUUCCCCACUAAACUCCCUCACCAGACCUUCUCCUGCUCACCAUCACCAUACUCACCAUGUCAAGCCGAAGGAAGUCGUCCAACCCCUGUGUGCUCCGUGCAGCCAGUUCUACUGCAGGAGACUCUGUGGAAAUGGAUGUUUCAGCAGAGACCGUGUUGGACACGGAUUCACCUGUGCCGCUCACAACCGACAAAAACUGGACGUCACUGAACGAUAAGGAAGAAGAACAGUCAGAGGGGGGUUCUGCAUCAGAACAGGGUUUGAACCACAGAGAUCAUGAGGCAAUCCCUCAGUCUGAAGGUCCAGUCAGUACACUCUACCUUUGUACCAUCUGCAAUUUCAGUACCAACAAGUUUGACUCCCUCUCAUGCCACAAUAAAGUGCAACACCCAGGUGAGAGCCGUUUCGAGGUCAGGCAUAGCAAACUGGAUACCCAAAGCAUCCUGGAGCAAACUAUUGACAGCAAGAAUGAUGGAUCCCUUCAGGAAGCUGAGGACACUGUAUAUGACUUGGGACCGUUCGUAGACACCAGCAAUCCAGCAGGUGCAGACACUGGAAAGACACCAAUGGAAAACAGCAGUGUUUUGGACAAAGGACUGGAUGUGGAGAAGUUGGACAGUCCAAUUUUGAAGGAUGAGAUCAGAGCAGUAAGCGUCAACGGUACAAUCAUUAUCCCGGAGCCUACUUGUCAUGUAACGCCUCUGCUACAGCGACCUCCUAAUCUCAGUACUUCUCCAACAAUUGCAGUUCCUCUUCACACCACCAAGUACAACCCUAUAUUGGACAGCAAUGUUACCCUGAUCACAUCUUUUAACAAAUUCCCAUAUCCGACCCACGCAGAGCUCUCUUGGCUAACUGCUGCCUCCAAGCACCCUGAGGAGCAGAUCAAGGUAUGGUUCACCACCCAACGUCUGAAGCAGGGCAUCACCUGGUCCCCUGAAGAAGUGGAAGAAGCCCGUAAGAAGAUGUUCAAUGGCAGUGUGCCACCUGCACACCAGACCUGUGAAGUUUUGCCUGCAUCUGCACUCAACCCUGGACAGGCACAUGCAGCUUCUUUUUAUGGAUUUGGGCAGGCCAGGCUUGCUUCAAACAUCACCGCUGAUAGAUCACCUACUACUUGUAUGCCUGGCAUUGCUACAGCAGUCCGUCAGGCACAGACCCUUAAGCGCCCUUUAGGAACUCCACUCUUGGCUUCAGAGGUCAAACGGCCAACUGGAGACUCCAAAGAAAGUCUGUGCAUGCCCCCUCCACCAGCUCCACCCCCAGAAAGACUCACUAUCACUUCGCCCGUGCUUUCAGAGACUAGCCCUGGUUCUUUGGUGGCCUCAGACAUGAAGAGACCUGUUCCUGCACAUUUUGUCCCACCUAAAGGGAAACUCCCAAUGGUUCAAUCAAAGGAGAAGAUAAGUGUGGCACUUCCUUCAGUGAUGCCCAAAGAAAGACUGCCUUUGUCACCCAUUGUGUCCACCAAUCUCAAAAGAUCUGUAAUUGAUCAGCAAAUGAGCAAUCAUAUAUCAGCCUCCUCCUUCGUAGCUGUAAACAAGUUGGAUAAUGGUGUAACCAUGCCUGUAGCACCAGCUGUGGUGACUCCACAAGAAGGUAGACCAACGAUCAUUCAGACUCCAUCAGCCGUGCCUCCGUCCCUGUCUCAGACUCCAGUCCUUCAGUGUAAGCCUAUAGAGCCAUCAGUUGCUCCAGUGUUUCCAUGCUUUAAUAGUCAGAAUGGCAAAGUAAUCCCCCACAGGGAUAGCAAGCAUUGGAUUUUUGAUCAAGCGACAAAUUCCCAGAAUGAUUCCCAGAGCUCACGUGUUGAAUUUGCUCUAAGGGACCGUUCUGUUCCCACUCAGUUUCCUCUACUAGAGAGAGUGAAGGACAAGAGUCCUGGACAAAUGAAGCUUCUAGAGGAGAGUUUUCAGAAGAACAGUUUCCCGUCCUAUAACGAGGUUGAGCACCUCGCGAUCAACACUCGACUGUCCAGAGAGGAAAUCGAAAGCUGGUUCAUGGAGCGCCGAGCACUUCGAGAUGAUUUGGAACAAGCCCUGCUGAACUCCAUGGGUUCUAAACGGGAGUCCCAACAGACUCUCCUCAGUGGAGCUCAGAGACGUUCUGGCACCCUUACCUUCAGCCCUGUGCCUCAAGUCAGCAAGUCCAUGAACCUUCUCAAAAAUGUCUUUGUCCAAAACCGAUGGCCUUCGCCUGUAGAGUUCAGGCAUCUGGAGAUGCAGGCGCGGUUUGCUCGCACUGAACUUGUCCGCUGGUUCAGAGAUAGUCGGCUAGCUCAGCAGAGCCACGUCCUAGACCGGAAGGAGUCUUUUGGGGAACGGAACAGCUGCCGGCCUGCAGACGCAACAAAACGACCACUGAGAGAAGAGAACACCAAACCCAGCAGCCCGGAGAUCGAAAACUGGUUCGGCAACGCGCUCGAUCAGCACACGGGGAGCAACGGGGAGGCGAUUGGUGAGGUCCGAGAGGACCGUGGAGGGAACGCAUGUGAGCUGCUCUCAGAUGCAGAUUAGAAGACGGAAGGUGAGAGACGGAGCGUCACUGUCGUUCAUCGAAGCGCUUUAUGAUGUCACUUCUGCUCUCGUUCUCCGUUCGCACGGCCAUGCAGGCGUUAGACUGGAGCAUGGUGGGAAUGCCGUUGUAGCGUUGUGUGAGUGUAGUGUGUUUGUUUUGGAUGCGGAACGCACUGAGGACACUUGUGUGCGCUGGAGUCACUGCGCAUCUGUACUUCGAAAGCUCUUGUAAACAUACUUUUACUGCAGAAUGUCUGCAGAUCUGUACAUUUUUAUGCCAUAUUUUGUUAUGUUUUAUAACGGGAACAAGUUUUGGCUGUUUUUUAGUGGACAUUUCCCAACCGUCCGUGGAAGGAGAUGCCAGAAACCUUCUCUGGACACAUGGACACCUGCAACAGCCCAAAAUAUGAUUCUUCUACUACAGACGGGACUCUCUAUUGACAGAGCACACUGUUGAAUGUGCUCACAGAUGGAGUCAUGAUUCACUAUUCUGCUGGUGACACACACACACACACACACACACACAUCAGCGCUGAUGUUUAAACUGGUUUGUUUGCGAUCUUAGACACACACACACAGUCAUCUUGGACUCACUCGUAAUGACCUGUUUCUCUGCUGUAGUGUAUCUGCAUCUGUCUGAAACGCUAACGCUCUCUUCACGCACAGACCGCCGCUGGAAUCCAAUAAAACGCAGCCAGAUUUACGGUGUUUCUUUGAGAGGUCAUUUCUGUGCGAUAGUCCAUAUGAAGCUUCUUCCUCUGCGUUGUUAUGCUCCAUAGAAUCACUUCGGUCAUAAAAGCAGAUCAUGACGAGUCUGAGCGACAGAAAUGUCUCACAGCUGUCCAAAAACACCAAACACACAAGCAGAAGUUUGCGAUCUUUCUGUCUGAUGUUUGUGUAUUGAAAACAAACUAUAAAUUCAUUACUCCGCUGUGGCGUAAACAUUGGCCACAAGUCGAGUUAACUAACACUUUAAUCCUUCCUGUUGAUUGUUUUUGCUUUCAGACAGUUUUGGGUCACGACGGAGGGUUGAGACGGAACUGAGACGCGCAUGAGAUUUCAUGCGUUACAUCAUAAAUACAGCAGAUUAUGUAAUGUGUGUUUCAUAAUGUUGGACAAACGCAUGAUCUGUUCUUCAGAGAGGUCAGAUUUUUCACUGGCUGGAGGAUUGUGGGUAGUG